AUGGCGGCGGCGGGGACGGCGGCGGGGCCGGCGGGGCCCGAGCCCAUGCCGAGCUACGCGCAGCUGGUGCAGCGGGGCUGGGGCAGCGCGCUGGCGGCGGCGCGGGGCUGCGCGGACUGCGGCUGGGGGCUGGCGCGCCGCGGCCUGGCCGAGCACGCGCACCUGGCGCCGCCCGAGCUGCUGCUGCUGGCGCUCGGCGCGCUCGGCUGGACGGCGCUGCGCUCCGCGGCCACCGCGCGCCUCUUUCGGCCCCUGGCCAAACGGUGUCGCCUCCAGCCUAGAGAUGCCGCCAAGAUGCCUGAGAGCGCCUGGAAGUUUCUUUUCUAUCUGGGCGCCUGGAGCUACAGUGCCUACCUGCUAUUUGGCACCGACUACCCGUUCUUUCACGACCCACCCUCCGUCUUCUACGACUGGAUGCCGGGCAUGGCGGUACCACGGGACAUCGCAGCCGCCUACCUGCUGCAGGGAAGCUUUUAUGGCCACUCCAUCUAUGCCACGUUGUACAUGGACGCCUGGCGCAAGGACUCGGUGGUCAUGCUCAUCCACCAUGUCGUCACCCUGGUCCUCAUCGUCUCCUCCUAUGCCUUCCGGUAUCACAACGUGGGCAUCCUCGUGCUCUUCCUGCACGACAUUAGCGACGUGCAGCUGGAGUUUACCAAACUCAAUGUCUACUUCAAGUCCCGAGGAGGCUCCCACCACCGCCUCCACGCCCUGGCGGCGGACCUGGGCUGCCUCAGCUUCAGCGUCAGCUGGUUCUGGUUCCGCCUCUACUGGUUUCCGCUCAAGGUUCUGUACGCCACGUGCCACUGCAGCCUUCGCUCAGUGCCGGACAUCCCCUUCUACUUCUUCUUCAAUGCACUCCUCCUGUUGCUCACCCUCAUGAACCUCUACUGGUUUCUGUACAUCGUGGCUUUUGCCGCCAAGGUGCUGACGGGCCAGGUGCGUGAACUGAAGGACGUGCGGGAAUACGACGCAGCAGAGGCCCAGAGCCCCAAGCCCGGCAAAGCUGAGAAGCCGCUGCGGAACGGCCUGCUGAAAGACAAGCGCUUCUGAGCUCCGUGGUCGCCGGCCCACCCCUCAGCACCCUCCCCGCCCGGCCCCGCCCCCUCGGAACCGACCCCGCCCCUCCCCGGGACUCCGGCUCU